AUGAUCAGCUCGGGGUAUAAAAUAAGUCUUCGUCGGCCCCCGCUGGGUCAAUUUCACCAGCCAAUAGUAAUACACUACAACCAAACCCUUGCAUACUUCCUCCUACCACGCGGAGUCCACCUCACAAAGAUGCAGUUCAUCACCCUUGCCGUUGCAUUUGCUUUCUACACUGGUGUCAUUUGGACGGCGUCAGCCACGGCUCCUGACAAGGAUGACCCCUCGGGAAGCAGUCAAGCUUCGAUGGGUCGUGGCAAUGUCCAAUCGACGGGUCAGGGACUACCCCCUCCUAUGGCCGGUGCCAACCCGGCGUCCCUAGCCCAGCCCCAGGCCACGUCCAAUGGCCAUAUGGGGGUACCCGAAGGAUUAAAUUCCGCCACCUUGAAUGGUUCUUCAUCAAACCAUGGUGGUUUACCUGGCGCUGGUCAAAUGCCGACUGGUUCAAUGAGCCCUGGGGCCCCCAUGUUUGGUGUGCCCAACGGUUCUGGAGCCAGCGUUCCAAACAAAGGUGGCCUCCCAGGCGGUUCAACCCCCUUCCCAGCCGGUACUUCUGCUAACCACAUGCCUACUGUACCAGGCAGCCUUUAUGGCCCCCAUGAGGGCGGACCCGGUUAUCCCCCUUCUGGCAACCCACUUCUCAACAAUCCAUACUCCAGCACUAGCUACGGUGCGGGCUCUCCAUACCCCUCAUCAUUUGGGGGUCAAAGUGGGGAUUUCUACUCGCCUCAGUCUGGCUACAGCAGCCCAUGGACUAUGCCCCAAAGUUCCUAUGGCACCUCGCUCGGUAUGAGUGGCUCUCCUUGGCGUGGCUCGUCUUCAUUUCCCAACUCGAACCCUCAAAGCGACUCGUUUAACUGGAACGGAUUUCUGCCUGACGGAUCCCACACCUCGGAAUCUUUGGCUCCCGGGGCCUCGGCCUUUGCGCAAGCUAAACCAUCGGCCCAUGGACAAUCUCAGACCCUAAACUACGCUCAGAAUUAUCCAAGGCCAGCUCCUGGGUACACUUCUCAGUUCAGUCCAUGGAACCGUCAGAACGGUGGAUCUACUCAGUCAUUAGGCACCCAGGGUGGUUACUACGGUCAAGAUGGUAACGGCAUGCCGGCUUUCAGCCAACUCAGUCAAGGAGGUUACAACGGCGGGUCGAACCAGCCCUUUACCAACCAAGGUGGCUAUUACGGCCGAGGUGGUAACGGCAUGUUUGGACCUAGUCAAUUCAAUCAGUUUAGUCAGACUCAAGGGAAUAAUCAGAACGGCGGGUCAAUGUCGUCUUUCGCUUACCCGGGCGGUUCCUACGGGCAAGGUGGAAAUGGCUUUUCCGCUUCGGGUCAGUACGGUCGGGAUAACUACGUCUCUCAGUCUAAUCCCUACGGCUAUAGUGGCAGCUACGGUUAUGAUGGUUCAGUGUGUGAUUCUGGAUUCGGCGGUCAAGUCUUUCGGGGUCAAAGUGUAGGCGCAUCCCGUGGCUGGUAUUAAUUCUGCCAAUCGGGUUCCUCCCAUUCAUCAGAUUAAGGCAUCUGCCUCAGAGGCUUGGCCACACUUGUUUUUUUAUCAUUACCUCUUACCUUAUUUUCUGUUAAUGGUCCACCUCGUGUACGAAGCCUGGCUGUGAACAUCUUGAAAUUGGUUGAUAUAGAAAUACAUAAAAAACGUUUUACCUAUUCUUUUUGAUUUUCAAGCGAUACUUAUUACUCCAGUCUCCGCUCCAUCUCACACCACCAACCUAAGUCCCUAAGGUCACGUUGAGCAUAACUUUUGUCCAUGACACCUGGUUAACCCCAUGUUGGCAUUCCAAUUUGCC